AUGAACCUUGUAUCCUGCAGCUGCUGUUGGCUAGGAAAGAAAUGGACUUUUCACAUUUUAUUCCAUGUUUUCACCAGUGUCGACAUCAUGAACACUGGGCAGAGGACUACAGUGGACCACGGCGUCCAGAUCCGCUUCAUCAAUGACCUUCAUGACUCCCGUGGAGGCGGAGGGCAACCUGUGUCUCAAGCCAAGCCUAAGUCUCAGACCUCCUCCAAAUAUGGUGUGGCGGUCCGGGUGCAGGGCAUCGCCGGACAACCAUACGUGGUCCUGAAAGAUGGCAAAAAGGGGGACUCGUACGGAGUCCAGCUCAGGAGUCAGUACAAUUCUGGUUACAGUAGCCUCCCCCGCAGGAGGGAGAAGGGUGAUAUAGCAACCCAAGGGUCAAAUGAUGGAGUGGGACAUGGAGGAGCGCUACGCCGUGCCCAAUCCCACGGGUCACUCCUGGACAGAGAUGGGGAAGGAGGGGCUGGCGAAGAGGAGUUCCAGCUGUCUCGACCUCCAGGGGAUGGUAAAUCCGGCAGCUAUGGAAACUUGGACAGCGGGCUGGUAGUACGAGCAGAAAGAGAACGGGCUCACAAUAUGUGGGAUGGUUCUUAUGAGGAAAGACUUAACGGCUCAGUGGGCUCUCUGAGUGAGAGACAGCACUCAUCUAGCCCACACCAGCAGACAUCCUCGGUCAACCACCUGGUAAACAGGUUUGAUGACGGCAUGAGUGGAAGCGGGCAGCAAGGCUUAUCGCCUUCCAGGGACGCCCGAGCUGUGCACCCUCGAACCGCAGGCAACCACCACGUCUCACCAUCACAUUCUAAUCAUAGCAGCCCAGCACGUGGUUACAAUUCUCCCAAUGUUGCUCCUGUACGCUCAGCUCAUCAAGAGCAGUCAACGGGAAGAUAUGUUGCUGUUGAGACAGAGCCACGUGUAACCCCUGAUCUUUUGCUGGACCAGAGUGCUGAGAUAAGCAGAGAAGAGGAACAGAUCAUGCAGACUUUAUAUAGCAUCAUGAGAGAAGGGUCCAAUGAGAGUGAUGGUGCUAUCAAGCAUAAAGUCAACAUGAUUCGUCAAAGGAUUCUCAACCUUCAGCACAAAGACGCGCCCUUGGACCUGAUGAGAGAAAAGAGGGAGCUUGAGAGGAAGGUGGCGGAGCUUCAGAGUGCCGUACAAGAGCACAGAAGGGGAUCUCUUACCCGCUCAGAUAAAGUUUUGAAAGCUGAGCUGGACUCCUGCUUGGAUGCAAAUGUGCAAUUGGAGGAAACGCUGGCCCGGAAGAAGAAAGAACUCAAUGAAACCCAGUCUGAAUUGACUCAGCUACGUAUAGAAAGAGAAAAUGCCGAGGCUCAUGCAAGAGAGAUGGAGGACCAGCUAGCCGAGCUCCAAGAUGAACUGAGAAGAGAAAAUGGAAACAAGACGGACAUGAUGACUCUGGAGGCUGAACUGAUGGAGGUCUGUCGCCAGAAGCAGAAGCUGGAGGAGACGCUGAGGCAGCGGGAGAGGGAACUGACUGCACUUAAGGGAGCGCUUAAGGAUGAAGUGGCAACGCACGAUAAGGAGAUCGAGGCAUUGCGAGAGCAGUACCGCGUCGACAUGGAGAAACUGAGGAGUAGCAUGGAGCAGGUGUCUCAGUCUCACGCAGGGAUCGAGGCCGAGCGUUUGCGCGUGAAUUCCUCAGUUCGCACUCUGCAACAACAGUUAGAGGACUGCAGGGAUGAGAGCAGCCAGUGGAUGGAGCAGUUUCACAAUACCAGGGAUGAAUUGCGCUCUACAAAGCAAGAACUCCUGCAAACCCGACUGGAGAAAGAGGAGAGUGAGGAGGAGCUGAAAGAGCUCCAGGACAAAGUGAACACAAUGAAACAAAAGAUGCCGGACCCCAACCAGACACAGACUCUAAACCAGGAGCUUGAGCGUCGAAAUACUGAUCUGCAGAAGGCAAAGUCGGAAGUAGAGAAGCACAGGAUGGAAUUUGACAAAAAGGUGAUGGAGAUCAUCUCCGUGAAAAAGGCUCAUCAGGAGCAAGAGGCAGAACUAAAAUACGAGAUUGACCGACUAAAGAACCAGUUGCAGAGGUCUAAAGAUGACUUUGCCAAGGCCCAGGAGAAAAACAAAAAACUUCCAGACCCAGCCACCAUCUCAGAAAUGGAACAGAAGCUUAAUGAAGCACAAAAUGAAGCCAGCCAGCUCAAACAAAAACUUUCAUCAGCUGAGGAAGAGCUGGAGGCCAGUAAAUCUCGUUUUAGUAGAUCUCAGUUAGACCUAAAGUCUUUAGAGGAUGCCCAGAUGGAGCAAACUCAGAACAACACGCGUCUCAAAGAAAAACUGUCUCGGUUAGAGGCUCAACUGAUGACCAGCAACGCAGAGAGCUCAGAGGCCGAGCUUGCCCUCCACACUGAACUGAGGGGCCUGAGAACUGAGCUUGAUGAGGAGAAGAGAAAAGCCUCCCGCCUGACACAGGAACAACGUGAACUCAGCCAGCGCGUGGAGGAUUCUGAGAAAGAGAGGGAGGCGCUCAAACAAACCAUCAAUCAGAUAGAUGCGGUCAAACGACAGCAGGAAAGAGCUCUGGAGAAAAUCAACAAGGAGUUUGAGUCCCUCACUGUAUCCUCAAGAGGCGAGGUGCAGGCUCUCAAGGUUCAACUGGAGGAGCAGAGAGAGCGCGCACGCAAAGAAAUGCAGGAGGUGCAACGUCACGGUAGCGACGCUCAAACCGAACUGGACAGAAGUCACACAAAUCUGAGGCGACUGGAGGAGGAGCUGUCACGACAGAAGAAGGAGCUUCUGCUAGCAUGCGAGGAGAGAGACAACCACCAGCUAGAUAAAGAAAUGCUAACCAACAGACUGCGCCACCUAGAGGCAGAGUCUGAGGCGAGCAAGAACGGCCUCAAUGAGAAGGCCAGGGAGAUUCGUAUCCUGGAGGAAAAGUUGAAGCGCCUAGAACUGGAGCUGGAGGAGGAGAGGGGCAGCGCUGAGAUGCUGACAGAGCGUGUAUCCAGAAGCAGAGACCAGAUUGACCAACUACGCUCGGAGCUCAUGCAGGAGCGCUCGUCUAAACAGGAUCUUGAGUUGGACAAGAAUGCCAUGGAAAGACAACUCAAGGAGUUGAGGGGUCGUGUCGCAGACAUGGAGGGCCAGUCUCGCUCCUCAGCCGGGACCUCUCAGUUGGAAAGCAAAAUCCAGGAGCUCGAGGAACGUCUCCGCACUGAGGAUAGGGAGAAGAAUUCUCUUUUGGCUUCCCAGCGCCGUCUGGAGAGGAAGCUUAAGGAGCUAAACAUCAUGUUGGACGAAGAGAGAGAAUCACACACUGAACAGAAGGACCAGCUUGCGCUAAAGGUGAAGGCUCUGAAGAGGCAGGUGGACGAGAGUGAGACAGAGUUGGAGAGAAUCGACACACUGAGGAGGAAGGCUCAGAGAGACAUGGAGGAACAGAUGGAGCUCAAAGAUGCCUUGCAGUCACGGGUUACUGCUUUGGAAACAGAACUCAAAAGGAAAACCAAGGCCACCAUGCGUCCUGCUUUGGAUUCGUCUGCUCUUAGCUCGGACGACGAUGACAGUAUUUACGACUCAUCCACCAUCACGUCCAUUCUGACUGAGGGUAACCUCCAGACCAGCUCUUGUUGA